UAUGGUGUGCAUUAAAGUUUGUUUGCAAAUGGCGGAUGGUAAUUUUUUUUAAUAAUUUUAAUUCAUUCUUUUUGACAUUACCCCACUUUUGUAAUGGGUAAAGAACCAACUCCUCUUGAAAAAGUAACGAAAGAUGCAGAUCUUCUUCGCAAGCAGGUUGAAAAGAUAACAAAAGAAAGUUUAAAAAAUGCUAAUAACAAGAAACUGAAGGACAGAGAAGUUAAACUAAAGGCAAACUUUCGCAGUUGCUAUGAGCUCAAACCCCAGAUCACAGAAUUGCUACAGAGGGCCGAGGAAUUGACUGAGGAGAAUGAAGGGCCCAAAGUUAAAAAUUUUGAACAGAAGAAGAAAAAAGAAACAGAUAGAAUAACAACAUGGCAGACCCAGGUUGAUGAUGCUAUGGCUAAAGUCCUCCCUGAUGAGGAAGGAACAGCAUAUUUGAAAGAGUUAAAAAAGGAAUUAGGAGAAGGUGAUGAAGAUGAGAAGGGUGAUGAUGAUGAUGAGGAGGAGGAUGAUGAGGAGGAGGAAGAAGAGGAAGAAGAAGAUGAGGAAGAUGAUGAGGAAGAUGAUGAAGAAGGUGAUGAGACUGCUGGGGAAACUUUAGAGACGCCCAAGAAAGUAUCAAAAACAGAAAAAGGUAAACCAGGUGAAGAUGAUGAUGAAGAAAUUGAAGAAGAAGUUGAUGAAGAAGAAGAAACAGAAGGAGAGGAGGAAGUUGAAGAAGAGGAAACAGAAGAGGAAGAAGAUGAGGAACAAACAACUCCUAAAAAAAUAGUUCCAAGUAAGACAGAACCAAAAACUGCCAAGAAGACUGAAGAAGAAGACGAUGAUGAUGAUGAGGAGGAGGAGGAUGAAGAUGAUGAGGAAGAAGAUGAUGAUGAAGAAGAUGAAGAUGAGGAAAGUGAUAAGGAAGAAGGAGAUCUAGAAGUUACUACUACUGGUCGAUUAUUUGAAGCCAUAUAUGACUUUUCCAGUAAAGAGAAAGGUGAUCUUAAUUUCAAAGCUGGAGAAGUACUUACUAUCAUUACUACACAAGAAGAUGGUUGGUGGGAGGCAGAAAAUGAGAAAGGGGAGAAAGGCUCUGUACCAUCUACAUAUCUCAAGAUGUACAAUAAAUACAAAGAUGUUCAACAAUCAGAUGAAGAAGAAGAAGAAGAUAAUGAAGAAGAUGAAGAUGAGGAAGAGGAAGGGGAAGAAGGCACAGAGAAAAAGAGUAAAAGUAAAAAACCUAAAAGUGGUAAACAACUGUGGGGCAGUUUAAAGAAAGCAGUAAACGAGACAAGUGUUACAGAUGUAUUACAUGCUAUGGGAGCUGUACCCUCUGGUUUCAGAGUUUCAACUUUAGGACAGAAAUUUAAUUCAGAGAGUAUAUAUCAGAUGAAGAAUUACCUCACACCAAAACUGAGCAAUUCUAAUUUCUCCUACAGAGAUCUCUUCUUUGAUCCCAGUGAAAACAAGAUUCGAGCCAAAAUUGCAAGAGAACAGAGAAUAGUAACUCUUGUAAAUUGUAGACAGAUCCCUACACCAGGGGCAGGGCUUGAGAUAAAAAGCAGACAUGUAAGAAUGUGUUUAUUUGAUGGUCAAAAUAUUUUGAGUAACAUCCAUACAGUGAAAGUCACAUCAGUGGACAGGGAACAAAGAACAUGGUCAUUCUCCACCAGGGUAAAUGACAUGAUGGACACCUACCAGCAUGGUGAAGUUUUCAUUAGAACCAGUAACAUUGUUCCUAAUAUAGGUAUACUGUUUGAAAUGUGUGCCUCAUAUGUUAGAACAAGUACAAAAGAAAAAGGAGAGUUUAGCUGUGGUUGGACACAUCUGCCAUUAGAGGACCCCACCACAGGGCAACCAGUUCAAAAUAAGACGUAUGAUCUGUAUAUGAAUGGAGGUACACCAUAUGAGAAGGGCAUUGAGGUCGAUCCCAGUAUCAGUCGCAGAACAAGCACUAAUGCUUUGAUGUCAUUUAUCUCUGGAAACAAACAGCCAAGAGUUACUGUCAAACUCUCUGUUCCUAAAAAAGAGCAAAAGGAUUUGAUUGAUACAUUGCCGGAUACAUUGAUUGGAAACUUAUCAUUGCUACAGAUGUACAGUUAUUAUAGACAAAUAUUGGCAGACACUUUACUGAGAGAUAGGCUUGAUCUGGAAUCAGCAGAGAUUAUACACAGUCCAUGGUUGGCAACCUUUCCAAUAAUAGCUGAUCAGCAUGAUAUGAUGAAAUUACUCAGGGACUCUUGGAUAGAAAAGUUGAAGGGGAUACGUAGAGCUGAUAUG